AUGUUGUUCGGCUCGGUGGCUUCGACUGCCCUCCUGGCGCUCUCUUUGUGCGUGGACAGCGCGUCUGCUGCAAAACAUGGACGGUUCGGUCAGAGGGCUCGUGACUCGUUGACCAAACGAAGCUCGUCAUCGUUGGUUACCCAUGAGUCAGAGACGCGCUCAAGCCACAAGGACUUCCGGUUCCUGAACAAGGAUACGAAACCCUACCUCGUGAAGAGUCUGCCCGAUGUAAAGUUCGACAUUGGUGAGAUGUACUCUGGCUCAGUCCCUAUCCACAAGGGCAACAAAUCCAGAGAACUUUUCUUCAUCUUCCAGCCCACCAUCGGUGAACCUGUGGACGAAGUUACUAUCUGGCUCAACGGAGGGCCAGGUUGCAGCUCCUUGGAAGGAUUCUUCCAGGAGAACGGCAGAUUCACCUGGCAGCCGGGAACAUUAGCCCCAGUUGAGAAUCCUUACUCAUGGGUCAACCUGACUAACAUGUUGUGGGUCGAUCAGCCUGUCGGCACGGGCUUCGCCACCGGCAAGCCGACUGCAACGUCGCAGGAGGAGACCGCGGAAGACUUUAUCAAGUUCUUCAAGAACUUCCAGGAGAUUUUUGGUAUCAAGAACUAUAAGAUCUAUGUCACUGGAGAGAGUUACGCGGGCCGCUAUGUUCCUUAUAUCUCUGCCGCAAUGCUGGACCAGAAUGACACGGAAUAUUAUGACCUGAAAGGUGCCCUCGUUUAUGAUCCAUGCAUCGGCCAGUUCGACUAUGUGCAAGAAGAAGUGCCUGCAGUGCCCUUCGUUCAGCAGAACGCCAACCUCUUCAACUUCAAUGCAAGCUUCAUGGCGGAGCUGGAAAGGCUCCACAAAUCCUGCGGCUACCAGGAUUUCAUCGAUGAAUACCUAGUGUUCCCUCCCUCAGGUGUCCAGCCUCCCAAGAUGUUCAACUACACGAGUGAUGCGGAGUGCGACGUUUUUGAUAUGAUCAACACCGCCGCCAUGGCUGUCAACCCCUGCUUCGACAUCUACGAGAUCAACCUGAUGUGCCCUCUCGCAUGGGACGUUCUUGCCUUCCCCACCGCACUCGUCUACCAGCCCGCCGGCGCCACGGUCUACUUUGAUCGCGAAGACGUCAAGCGUGCCUUGCACGCUCCGAGCAUCAAGUGGGCCGAGUGCGCGGACGAGGCCGUCUUUGUGGGUGGCUCUGGUGGCCCCGAGCAAGAGGGUGACUUCUCCGCAAACCCCAUCGAGCAUGUCCUCCCGCAGGUGAUUGAGGCGACAAACCGUGUGCUUGUCAGCAACGGAGACUAUGACAUGAUCAUUCUCACCAACGGUACCUUGCUCUCAAUCCAGAACAUGACCUGGCAUGGCCAGCUGGGCUUCCAGUCGGCUCCCAGCACCCCAAUCGCGAUCAGUCUGUCCGACUUGCAGUACGCUGACGUCUACGCUGAGAACAAAAUGACUGGAGUGGACGGUGCUCAGGGUGUCAUGGGUGUCCAGCACUACGAGCGCGGAUUGAUGUGGGCGGAGACCUACCAGAGCGGGCACAUGCAGCCCCAGUACCAGCCACGGGUGACGUACCGUCACCUGCAGUGGUUGCUGGGCCACAUUGAGUCUCUGUGA